UUCUGGCAGUCGACCUCACAGGGUUAAUCAGCAGCCACGAGGUGCCUCACAUUUAACAAUUACCGCUCAGAGCAACUUCCUUCACCCCUGUUUUCCACGUCUCCAUCUCCGCCUGGAGCCCUCCCACCUCCCCUCCCGUCCUGCCUUUAAUUAGGGUGCUUCUGAUUGGUGGAGACUGUCAGCCAAUCAGCCUCUGGUUGAGGUGGCCCUUGACCCCUCAGGUGGUCUCUGUGUGCCUUUUUGCAUGUGUCAGAGAUGAAGGGCCUUCUUUAAAACCUUGUAGGCUCCCACAGUCAGAGCAGUCUGUCAGAGAGGCUGCGGGAGAGGAACACACACAAAUACACACACUGAUACACACCGAGACCCGACAAGUCGACAGGCCAAGUGGCUUCUUCUGGAUCCUUGGAUCUGCGGACGGACAGGCUGACGUAAAGCUCCCACAGGUAAGAAAGCAGCCAGAUUGGUGUUUAGAACUGUAGUUUCGGAUACUUUCUAGACUUCAGGUUUGACCACUGAAACACACCUGGGUGUGUUUUACAAAGACAAAGACGUCUCUUAACAGCGCAGUUUACCGAUUGAAAUGAUGAGGGGAAGGUUUAUUCCUUUAACAUCUGUGUGUUUGGCGUUGGCAGAAGAGGAGGAGGAGGUCUGGUCAUGGCUGAACGGGGGAGAAGCGGCGUCUCGGGCGUGCUGGUGGCCGCUCUGCUGGCUGCCGUGCUGCUGCCUGAGUUUUUGUCUGCUGGACCAAUUGGACAGAAGACGAAAAGAGACGCGGGCGAGAGCAUCCAGGAGAAGGCGGCUGCCGCGGCGCUGCACAGGAGGCUGAUCCGCAACCGCAGGAACAUCAGCUGGUACAAUCAGCACUCUGACUUCUGGGGCUGGUACAAGUACUUCUCUGACAACGGAAACCAGGAGGCAGUUCAGGAGAUGGAUCGCAUCUACCUGGCCUACCUCCAGAACAAGAACCGAGCAGAGGGGCGUAAAUCUUACAAGGCCUACCUGCGUCACCUUGGGGACAUCUACAAGUCCUGCGCCGACUCCGAGGACCCCAACUGCGUGUCUUCUUACACCGCCAGGCCCAAGCCCAAACCGGAGGCUCCGAAACUCGCACCGGUUAAAACUUGUGACCCCACCAAGGACCCUUACUGCCUGUAUGCUGCUUUGGUCCAGGGAAAGAGCCCCUAUCUGCCCCUCGUGCUCCCAGCUGCUGCUCCGGCCCCAGCACCAGCCAAGACCCCCGCCCCGCUUUACGUCCGCUCUGCCGCUCCCGCCAAGGAGCCGCAGUCCGGGUAUCUCUACUACGCUCCGUCCACGCAGUCCUUCCUUUCAAAGGAGCAGAAGGCCGAGCUUCUGCGCAUCUGCUCUGCAGACGACGUGGAGUGCUUGCAGUACCACCUGAGAGCCGCCUACGGGUACGCUCCCUCCGCCGGGCAGCUCCCUUCAUAUGCCCACCUGGGCUGUGAUCCCAAGAAGGAUCCGUCCUGCAAACCCAAGCUGGUCCAGAAAGCGCCCUCUGGUCUCUACUUGCAGUACCCCAACUGCGACCCGCUGAGGGAUCCCUUCUGUGCCUACUCUGCCUCCCUCCUUGCUUCCCGCGCUCCGAACCCUCCUGCCCCAGCCGGCCCUGGAUCCUGUAACCCUCUCUAUGAGGAUAACUGCAAUCCUCUUACUGCCACCAGAUUUGCCAGCCCUCCCAACUUAUACAAAGGCGAGGAAAAAGAUGAUGCUGCCGCUAUCCGUGCCCCCCCGCCCGCUGCUGAGCAAAACGACCCCUAUGCCAUGUUUAGAGAUGCUUACACUAAUGCUAACAGAGUUACUGAUCCCUACGCUAUGUAUCGCCAGGCCAGCGCCCCUGCCGCCCCCCCGGCUUCCGACCCGUAUGCUUUACUGCGUCAGUUCAUGAACCAGGCUCAGGCCUCCGAUCCGCACGCUCCACGCAUGGAGGCCGCGCCCGAGGCAAACCCCAACGACCCUUUCUCUGCUAUUCGGGAGGCAGCGGCUGCUCUGCACCGCCGAGGCCCUCCGACUCCCAGGCAGCAGCAGCGCCCUUUUUCCAACCCCAGCUACCAAGAGCCACCCCAGGAGGAGCGCCACCCUCUGGGCCCGCCAGGUAAAACCAAGGAGGGCUACGACUGCUUCAUCGGCUACGACCGCGAAUGCUUCCCCGUCAAGCCCAGCGAGCCUCGCUCCGGAGUUCACCGCCGCAUUCCCUACCCCGCCGAAGCCUACGAGCCUCAUCUGAACGCCGACGGCACCCGCAACGGCGUCAUGGAGCCUUCCAACCCGCACUGCGACCCCGAGUAUGACCCCGACUGCCGCCUGCGCCGCUACGACGCCGAGCCGGAACCCCAGCCCGAGCGCCGCCCCGACGAGGACCGCGGCCAGGGGCCGGCAGACCGGGAGCAGCAGGAGCAGGACCCGUACGACGCAGAGCCCUACCAGAGCGGCCAAGAGGAGCCCCACAUGUCCUACCCGCCGCUGUCGCCGGGUAUGCCCAGCCUCCAGGACAUACUCAGACGCUACGGAGACCAGUUCCCCGAGCAGGAUGAUCACAGAGCUUACGCAGAUGACUACCGCAAGAAGUAAACACACGAGCGCAGAAGGCAUGCAGAUGGACAUGAAUACACAGUCUCAUGGGUUAUUGUUGCUUGAACGCCUCUCACAGCGAGCAGCCAGUCCUAGCUGGGCCAGAUAUGGGACACAGUGAAGUCCAUGGACUCGAUGAGCAUGUACGUGCACGUACGUAGCAAUACAGCGCGCUCAGAAACGUUGCUGAAACACUCGGCUUUCUUUGCCUUGGCAAUGCUCUCCACCUUCCACCUCCAACGUCUUCGACGCUCUCAAAUGUGUAAUGACUUCUCAGUCCUCAGCUUCGCUCCUGUAUCUUUGCAUUUCUAAUUUUUUUUUUUCACUUGUU